AUGGCCGUGCGGGAUGUUUAUACGUGCCUGUGUCUAGGCUCUCUGCUGAUCCAGUCCGUACAAGUGGCGGGCUUGGAAGUGACCGUGCAGACGGACCGUGUGGUGUCCGUAACCAGUGAGAGGUUUGUCAGUAUCACGCUGGAUGCAGGCAAUCUUGUGAACCAUUGGAAGGGUUUCGACCCUAGAUCAUCGUUGGCGAUCAGGCUGGCCAGAGCUCUUUACCCUGCCUACCUGAGGGUUGGGGGAACACCAGGGGAUUCCCUCAUCUUCUCUACAGGAAAUAAACACCAGGACACAAACUUUCCUAACUGCACACUUUCCACCACAACGUGGGAUGAACUGAACCAGUUUGCCACACAGGCCAACCUAAGCCUGAUUUUUGGUCUAAACAGCCUGUAUCGUUCUGGAACAGCUUGGGAUCCAGCAAAUGCAAUUGAACUAAUGAAAUACUCAGCUGACAAGGGCUACGUUCUGGAUUUGGAGUUAGGCAAUGGAUAUUUUAAUUUCUCUUCCAGUUAUUAUAUGAAUGGACACGAAGCCAAAGCCGCGGACUUUAUAGACGCGUCUAGACUGGACAGUUUCAUCCCAGAUAUGACAGAAGCGCAGGAAAUUCUUCGUAACCUGUCUCACGGUACACAGAAAUUCUGGGUGGGAGAAACUAGUUCAGCCUACGGGGGUGGUGUUUCAGGAGUGUCCGACACAUUCAUCGCAGGAUUCAUGUGGCUGGAUAAACUUGGCCUGGCCGCGUAUUACGGAACAGAAGUGGUGUUAAGACAAGCCUUUGUAGGAGGACACUAUGGACUGCUAGAUUAUUCUAAUGGGGUUUUUAGUGUGAAUCCGGAUUACUGGCUGACUGUAUUAUACAAAAACCUAGUUGGACAGAUAGUUUUGAGCACAGGGAUAAAAGAUGAGAAACUCAGGAUCUACAGUCACUGUACCAGUAGUAGGUCUGGUUAUGGCCUCGGGGCAAUCACAUUCUACGCGAUGAAUCUAUACAACACAUCCAUGAAUAUGUCCUUCCCCCAGUUUAGAGGUAUUGACCUGCAUGUUUACGAGCUGACGUCUGGUGACGAUACAACCUUGGUGAGCAGGAAGGUGAAUCUGAAUGGUAAACCGCUGGAGCUGAUAUCUGGACAGUUACCUCCCUUGCCACCGAAAAUUGUCUCAUCUGAAGUCCCUCUCCCGCCAUUCUCGUUUGCAUUUAUCGUUGUCCCUAAUUCUGGGGCCGCCGCGUGUAUGGGAACCUAA